AUGUCGGAAGACUUGACUACACCACAGGUUGUAGACGACAUAGUGGACCGUAAGGCUCCCAGCUUCAAGAGGACCGCAAAGGACAUCACAGCCGGAACCGUCAGUGGCAUUGCGCAGGUGCUGGUCGGACAGCCGUUCGACAUCACCAAGGUGCGGCUGCAGACGGCGAAUGGGAACUCGAGCGCCUUCCAGGUGGUGAAGAGCCUGAUCAAGAACGAGGGGCCUCUGGCGUUCUACAAGGGCACCCUGGCGCCGCUGGUCGGGAUCGGCGCCUGUGUCUCGUGCCAGUUCGGCUGCAACGAGGCUAUGAAAAGAUAUUUCCAUCUGCGCAACGGCGGCGGCGAGAACCGCACGCUGACGCUGCCACAGUACUACAUGUGCGGUGCUGUCAGUGGUUCAGCCAAUGCGUUCCUCGCGACCCCGAUCGAGCACGUCAGGAUCAGAAUGCAGCUGCAGACCAAGGACUUGUCUGCCAGCGAGUAUACGAGCUCGUUCGACUGUUUCAAGAAACUGUUGAAGAAAGGCGUGCUCAUGAGAGGGUUCACGCCCACGCUGAUGAGGACGUCGCACGGGUUCGGUAUGUAUUUCCUCACCUACGAAGCACUGAUCAACACCCAGCUCCACAGGGGCAUCCAGAGAGAAGAUGUCGCGACCUGGAAGGUGUGUCUUUUCGGUGCCAUCUCGGGCGCUUUGUUCUGGGCUAUGACGUACCCGAUCGACGUUGUCAAAUCUGUGAUGCAGGCAGACAAGCUACAUCUGCCCGCACACGGCAACAACGUAUUCGAGGUCGCCCGGACCAUCUACAGAACUCGCGGACCGUCUGCAUUCUUGAAGGGCUUCGCACCCACAAUGCUAAGGUCGUUGCCCGUCAACGGUGCCACUUUUGCGACUUUCGAGCUGGCCAUGCGGGUCCUCGCCUGA